AAUAAAGCCCAAUUAGCCGAAACAAUAGCAGAAAUAAAUAAAUUGUCAAAACCCUAAUUGCACUUUCACUACGUUCUGGUUUUCAGUCGUCUAGGGUUUCUGAAUUAUAGUUUAAUCUUCGACUCAACCAUGGUGGCCGCAAAGAAAACUAAGAAGACACAUGAGUCUAUCAACAACAGACUCGCUCUUGUGAUGAAGAGUGGGAAGUACACAUUGGGUUAUAAAACUGUUCUCAAAUCUCUCAGGAGCUCCAAAGGGAAGUUGAUUAUCAUUGCUAACAAUUGCCCACCAUUGAGAAAGUCUGAGAUUGAGUACUAUGCUAUGUUGGCGAAGGUUGGAGUUCAUCACUAUAAUGGAAACAAUGUUGAUCUCGGAACUGCUUGUGGAAAGUACUACAGAGUGUGCUGUCUCAGCAUCGUAGAUCCUGGUGAUUCUGAUAUCAUCAAGUCUUUGCCUGGAGAUCAAUAGAGCUGUUGCAUUAUGACUCUGAUUUUUGUCACUUUUCAAACAAACAUAUGGUUUUCUGUUUGCUGCUUGUUUUUGCUUAUUAAGACAAUGUUAGAAACAAAUUUAUGUAGACUUCGGGAAGUAUCGGGAUAUUUGAGUAUUAUGAUCAAUCGACUGCUAUUUUUUCUUAAAAAUGGUUUUAUCAAGCUACGUAGUUCUCCAAA